CCAGGAGUACGUGCUUCUUGGGGAUCAGCUGGUGGUCCUCAACCCAGGGGACGAGGUUGCUGUUAUCCCCCCUAUUAGCGGAGGUUAGCUCUGGAAAGACGGAGUCAGAGAAGCCAUGAGCGUAAGUGAGGAUGAGCCCAAGGACUUGAUAAAAUUGAACCACGAGAAGCUCUCGGCAGACGAAAUAUCAGCACUGGUGGUUUCCCCCUGCUGUGGAGCUGUGUCUUUAUUUAUAGGCACUACCAGAAAUAACUUUGAGAGGAGAAAGGUCAUACACUUAGAAUAUGAAGCAUAUGAACCGAUGGCAGAAGCGGAAAUCAAGAAAAUAUGCACAGAUAUUAGAUUAAAAUGGCCUUCGGUGAAACAUAUAGCUAUACACCAUAGACUUGGUUCUGUUCCCAUCAGUGAAGCGAGUGUGAUGGUCGCAAUCUCUUCGCCUCACAGAGCGGAGUCUCUUGAGGCUGUGCAAUAUGGCAUCAAUGCUUUGAAAGCAACCGUCCCUAUAUGGAAAAAGGAGGUCUAUGAAGAGGAAUCUUCUUGGAAAGAAAACAAGGAGUGCUUUUGGGCCAAGACACUGAAAUAAAGCUCUGCUGACAAGACUACCUAACUGUGCUUAAAUAAUACGGCGUGGCUGCAAGGAUGAGAUCAGAAGCUUCUGUUUCAGAUUAACAACUCUUUCACAUGGCAACUGGACCCUAAGCCACUUUCUGUCAUUUGAUUAAGGCAGCUUCAUAGCCUACACAGUCAUUUUUUUUUUAAAAAAAAGAUUGUCAGACAUUUAAUUGUAUAUAAUUGGAAAUACGCUAAUAGUUGUGGAAUAUAUAUUUUUUAUUCUAGUGAUUUCUUCUAGGGGUCAAAGGUAUGUAAACAUAAAAGUUACUAUCCCCAUGGAGUUGUUCACACUUAGCAAAUUCUUAUUUCAAACCUGCUCAUUAAAGCGGAUUCGUUCUGAGUAACAAUGGGAUGUCUGCAAUGCUGCUAGUUCAAAGCAUCAGCCCAGCAUUCUGAUGGGUUACCAGGGCUCCUCACAGUUCAUAGUUGCAGUUCGACUGAAUCGCAUUUGCUGAACACAAGCCACAGGCACUCCUGAGCCAUCGCUCCCUGAAAAGUUAUUAGGGCAACUACUUCUGCCAUGCUGCUAGCGGCAUAUGGACUUUUUCCAGCACUGGGUGGAGCUUUUGGGGCUUAUUAGAGUCCGAAUGCUGUCAUAACUCUCAGAUGGGAUUAGUACAUGCCAUUGGCCAUGGGAAGGUGACUUUGGCUCCUUGGACUAUGUGUAGGAUAAUAUGCAGCUACAGAAGCGCAAGCCGUUUGUAACCCUAGAAGUAGUGUAGCUCAAAAGGGUUAGGCUGAUAAUCACAAUCAAUGGGAACAGUAAAGGAGUAAAAAGUGUGUGUGUGUGGUUUUUUUAAAAGUGCUGCCUCAUAACAGAAUACACUUAAGUGCCUUUUGGUAGUGUCUGAAGAUAAUACUGCUGUCAUCAUGCAUUUAUGUUUUGAUUAUUGGUUUCAAACAUAAGAUUGCCAGGAGUUGUGGACAGAUUUAGAUGGUUAAAAAUGUGAUGUAAAACCACUGAUUUUUUAUUUUUUUGUUCAACCAUUAUUUAUGUUCAGCCCCUUCCUUUAUUUCUGAAAAUAUGGACUCUUCUUUAGAAGCAGAUUAAACUCAGUUGUGCCCAAAAGCCUGCAACAGA